CGCCCAUAUGAAUGCAACCUAGACCACGAUGAUCGGCAAUUCGCUCUAGUUUCAAGUGUAUCGCAUCGGAUCAAGCAUCACUGCGAAGGACACGUUUUGGCCUUCCAUGCGGCAAUUGACUGGUGUUUCAAAACUAUAUAACAUGAGAAAUGGUAACGUUUUACGGCGCCUCUCACUUUCGACCUGAUCUCCCUCUUUCACGAACCAAAAUCAAGUUAAUACUCACGUUAGAGCUGCACAUUUCCACGGAUAACUUAUAAGCUCGGUGUUGGGGAACAAGCCCUGAAAAUAUGGGUUUUAACGCUACACAUUUGUCAAACCCCCCAUCUUCCCUGAGGGCCGCGUCCACCUCGGUUCACAAUGGAGACAUGAAACAAGAUACGCCUGAAACAUUCGACCAGCCCAGAGAGAUGAAGGCAAGGGAGACGGUGCUGGGCAGGACUGGAGGCCGACUUGUUCACUCCUUGACGUCUUGCUACCGCCACAUGUUCGGAAGCGGAUAUCGGAACACGGGACCUCCCCAAAACCUCGAGGAUGAAGGUGGGCGUGGUCUAUGGUGGGUAUUCAGGCUGCUUCACUCACACUGUUGUGCACCCGCUUCAGAAGGAUCAGCCGUGAUUCAUCCGGACAUGCCCCGAGCUGCUUUCCCACCGCGAUUCAUGGCAUCUGCUCCUUCAACUGACGUUAGUUCAACUUCUGUCGAUGCUUCCGGCCAUUCGUCCCAUACAGCACGUCCCUUCACUGUGACCUCUACCUUGAACAGGCCUGAGGAUAUCUACUCCCUCCUCCAAACCCAGAAGCCUAGCCAGCGUCACCUCGUUGAUGCCUCGCGAUUCUGGGCUGUUCUCAUUGGCAUCGACGCGUAUCCAAAUUCUUCAUUAAAAGGCUGCGUAUCGGAUGCCAUUUUAAUGGAAAUGUUCCUGCACGAACAUCUGGGUGUACCGAAGGGUCGUAUAGAGAGCCUGCUUAGUUCGGAUGACCCCAAUUUAACAGGCAAAACCCUUCCCCCUUCCCGCGACAACAUUAUUCGAAAGCUCCACAGCCUCAUCGACAACGCCAAUAUAAACGAAGGUGAAAACAUCAUCAUCUACUUCGCCGGACAUGGCGCGAGCUACCAAUGCGCACAUCGUCGUGAUUCGCCCUCUUGCAAGGGCGAACUCUGUGGCAUUGAAGCUAUUUGCCCUGUUGACCGCAACGACGCCGCCGACAGUGGCCCUACGAUUCCCGACAUCAGCGACCGAGAGUUCAACAGCAUCCUCACUCAGAUAUCCCAGGCGAAGGGUCCUAACAUUACCGUCAUUCUUGAUUGCUGCUACUCGGCUGGCGCAACAAGGGAUGCGGAGGAAGGAGUGCGCGCGGCCCCUGAAUUAAAACGCAGUUUACUUGAGAAAGCACUGAAGGCCGCGGAUGAGAGCAUGAGACGUUUUCCUAGCUAUGUAUCGGUUUCGGAUGGCAACUGGUUCUUUGACAUGAAAUCUCAUGUCGUCGUUGCUGCCUGUGCCGAGUAUGAGAAGGCGAAGGAGACUUCCGGGCCCGAUGGAGAAGGCUACAAUGGGUGCUUUACACGAGCACUCAUUCGUACUCUCAUAUCCAACUGGACGAAUGAAUUGACAUACAAUGAUCUCAUCGAGCAUAUUACGAAGGAUUUAGAAGGACAGGGCAAUUACCAAGGCCCGGUGGUUGCUGGAGAACGAAGGAAAGAGCGUGUUUGGUUUUCUAAGUGACGAGGCUGUACGCAAUACAUCUACUUAGGUCCACAUUAUUUACUUGUAUGACGGAGGCUUCUUUACAGACGAAGUCCGUACAUUGGCCUCAGGAUCUGUAUCUAAUUAUUUGGAGUGUACGGCAUGAGCAUCAGGUUGCCAGGAACCCGACUACAAGUUCGCAAUACAAUUACAACCUAGAAGCUUAACGUGCUUGAGCGCGAAUGGCUAAAAAGAAAUGGAGUUAUUACCGGGGCUUGAACAAUCGUGUGCCAGUCGGGGGGGGAAGCGACGCAGGAGCAGUAAAAUAAGCGAUGCAAAGAUGCCCCACCACUCAAACACGACAUCGCCCACUCCGCAAGUUCCACCGCAUUCCUCUCAGACGGGCACCCCAGGGUUGUUUGGGACCCGUCUUCAACUGAGGGACGUAGCGGGAACCACCGCGAGGACCCGUACGUCAAUCAUCCGGAUUACAACCUAUACAUGGUCGGCGGGUU